GGAACAGGGAAUUGUCACCGUACGUCACCAUAUCUGUGUGUGUACAUAACGCCGUAUAAAUUGAAUUGGUUUGAUUUAUCGAACUAUUUAAUGAACUUGGCUGCAUGUAAAUAAUUAUGGCAGCGUUCCAUCCAACACAUAGUGGCGAUAUUGUUCAUCUAAAUGUUGGCGGAACAAGAUUUUCAACUUCUCGCCACACGUUGAUGUGGGUUCCGGAUUCAUUCUUUACGGCUCUGCUUAGCGGCAGAAUAUCAAGUUUGCGAGAUGAAAUGGGAGCCAUAUUCAUAGACCGAGAUCCUAAACUUUUUGCAACAAUUUUGAAUUAUUUAAGAACGAGGGAUAUUGACUUAAGUGUAGAUAUACGUGCAUUUCGACAUGAAGCAGAAUAUUAUGCGAUUGCUCCCCUGGUGAAAAGAUUGAUGUUGUGUGAAGAUUUAAGUCAGUCAUCAUGCGGUGAUGUUUUGUUUUAUGGGUACCUUCCACCUCCAAGUAUACCAGUGCAGGACCCUGGUGUGGUGUGUUCAUGCUCACCACCAGGUGACAGCUCUGCAGCUGUUCAUGCGGCAGCUCGUCCUGGCUCUAUUAUCCGUGUUCCAGCAGAUGCCAAUACUGCAUCAGUGGCAUCUACUGGUUGCAGUGCCACAGUGAAUACAGCUCCAGCAUCAUCAUCAGCAUCAUCUUCAUCAUCAUCUGUCACUACAAUGGUGGCUGUGUCUCCCCAGUUGCCUGCUUCUCUACCCCUUUCAGUUCCUGCCACACCUAUAGUCACGCCACCAUGUUCUGCCCCCCCUGUGUCAGCUGUUUUAUCUGUUAAUUCUAUGUUACCAACAGCUAAUAACAGUGGGAUUUUAUUACCUGGUGCACAUACUCAUGGCACGCAUCCACAGCCUCCCCAAAGAUCUGUACCAGGCCACUCCCGAAACUCUUCCCUGGAUCUUCGGGUUUCAUCCAAUGGUUGUGCAGCAGUAGCUUCCCGGAGUUCAACUGAUAUCCGUAAUAUGGCUGGGCGAUCAGCUGUUGGUCAUUCUAGAGCAGCUUCCUUAGAUCUUCGUCAUACACGCAACUCUUCAGCAGACCUCAAUAAACUUUUCCGUAAUGAUGUGGGUCUGAUAUUUGGGGCUCACCAAGGAUCAAGCUGGACAGAUCCACUGAGAGUUCAGAUUGUGAAGGCGCAUCACAAUUGGAUAGCUGUAGCUUAUGCCCAUUUUGUAGCUUGCUAUAGGUUAAAAGAUUCAAGUGGCUGGCAGCAUGCAUUUACCAGUCCUCGUAUUGAAAGCUGCAUUGAGAGGAUAGCCAUCAAUGCCAAGAUGGCACAAGGAGGUGGUGGGGAAGCCUCGUCGAAAAUGGUGGCCAUCUCAUAUGGUAGCCAGGUUCGAUUAUGGGGGGUGUCUGAGGAUGGAACUAGGACUAAUAUAGGAACCUUCAACUUGCAUGUGAGAGUGGAGUAUUUGUUCUUCAUUGGAAGUCAGUUGGUAGCAUUGUCACCCACAGGGAAGAUAGGAGUUUGGCAUGCAAUGACACAACACUGGCAGAUCCAAGAUGUUGUGCCUAUUGCAUCAUUUGACACAGCUGGCUCAUUUCUGUUACUUGGCUGUAAUAAUGGUGCCAUAUAUUAUAUAGAUAUGCAGAAAUUUCCACUUCGCAUGAAAGAUAAUGAUUUGCUAGUUACGGAACUUUACCGUGAUCCUUCAAAUGACCCCAUCACGGCCAUCUCCGUGUAUCUCACACCCAAAACAAGUUUAUGUGGCAACUGGAUUGAGAUUGCAUAUGGCACCAGCUCAGGCACAGUUCGGGUUAUUGUGCAGCACCCUGAAACAGUGGGCCAUGGGCCACAGCUAUUCCAGACAUUUACUGUUCACCAGAGCCCAGUCACCAAAGUGACAUUAUCAGAGAAGUUCCUUGUGUCUGUGUGCAGUGAAUAUAACCAUGUUCGCACGUGGAGUGUAACUAGGUUCCGAGGAAUGAUCUCAACACAACCAGGUUCCACGCCCGUUGCAUCUUUCAAGAUUGUCUCUCUUGAUGAGGUGGAACCUUAUAUCAGUUAUGCAGCUGGAAAUGAUUGUGGUCCCUUUGGAGAACAGGAUGAUGAACAGGUCUUUGUUCAGAAAGUUGUUCCAGAAACAGAUCAGCUGUUUGUAAGACUCGCAUCAAAUGGAAAGAGGGUAUGUGUGGUUAAAGCUGUUGAUGGUACUACCAUAACUUCAUUUUGUGUCCAUGAAUGUGAGGGUUCCAGUCGCAUGGGAUCUAGACCUCGAAGGUUUAUCUUCACCGGUCAUAGUAAUGGAGCCAUACAGAUGUGGGAUCUCACAACAGCGCUGGAUCUUGCAGCUAAGGGAGAGCCAGCCACACAGAUCUCUGGAGGACCUACUGCAGAAGAGCUUCUGAAACUUCUAGAUCAGUGUGACCUUAGUAACAGCCAUUGUUCUACUCCUUGCAUUUCUCCAUGCCCAUCAAUGGCUGCAACAGCUGCUGCUCGCAUCAAAGCAUCAAAUGUUGCAUUUCUCAAUCAGUCCCAGGAGGCAGCGGAACGUGGAGGAAGUGGCACAGGAAGUAUGCCGUGCUAAGAGUUGAAGUUAUUCAUAAGUUUCCCAUUUCUGUGAUAUAUAUAGAGCAUCUGUAAAUUGGCUGAAGGGUGAUUGUAAUAAAAUGUUUUAUCCACCUU